GUUGCAUGUGGACUAAUCAUUGUAGAGGUAGAUUAUACUGCCCGAGAACGUGAUGAAUUCUUUUAGGCUGCCAUAAAGCAUUGCUUCAGCCUUGCCCAGUAGACAGUGUUAUUCCAGAGCACUAUUAGUAGAAGAGGCGAUUAGUGUGUCUUUAAGUGAAUGGUGCCAGUGGGAAUGGCAUGUUAGGCAGGGCAGCUGCAAGCUCGGCCUGAAACAUGACCACCCUUGAAACCUUAUCUCUACUCCACUGACCCAUGCAGGCUGACUUCACACUGCUCACUGACCGUGCAGGUUGCGUCAAUGCCUGAAAUGUAACUGCUUCCAGGCAACAGGGCAGAUCCUGCCUGUACGACUGACAACGUGUUACUCGAAGCAGGGAAGAAAUUGCAUUUAUGCAUCUUUUCUGUAGCUGACCAUGGUGGACUGGACUCGGCAGGUCCCUCACGCCUGUGUCCUGGGUUACCAAAUUGGAAAUUGUUUGCUUUUCACAUUGAAUGAAGGUCUGAAAUAGUUACGAAGAAAUAAAAAUGUGAGAUGACGUUUCCCGAGGAUGCUUUCACCACAGAGCCUGUUAUCUGUGGGGUGGAAGAAUCCUCCCUCAACUAGGGUUUCCUCACAAAACAUGCUUCCAAGCGUUACACUCUCAAAGUUGUAGGCAGGAUAGUCUCCGUGAUAGAUGAAGCUGGGUCCCAAUGGCUCAUUUACCGUAGCUUUAUCCUUGCAACCACAACUGUCUGCUUGUGCAGAGCUUUACCUUGUGCCCCUUGGUCCAAAACGCCACAUGAGAUGGAGCUCCCUGGGGCAAGGAGGAGGCUCUGCUGCCAUGCCUGGAAAGCAUUUCUUGAGAACCAGCCUCUCUGUUUUGCCAAGUACUGCAAGCCACAGCAGGAGAAGGGGGUGACCUUUUUCCUUUUUUGUGCUGGGUGAAAGUCGCUCUCUUGCAGGAGCACAGAGCGGUGGGGAGCCCCAUGUGUGGCCGGAGCUUGCUGCGAUAAGCUGGUUGUUUUCCCCUCUCCUUUCCCCUCCUCGCGCUGCACCGGGCUUAUCUGGGUGCCUGAGUUAUGUUAAGUAGCGGCUGCAUGCUUGCUCUCUGUUCUCCUCGCUGCUUUUGCUCCUUGGAUUUCAAUUCCAAACAUGGUUAUCCAUUUGGGGUCUCUCUCCUUUCCGCUGCCAAGUGAUACACAUUCCACACUCAACACCAGCUCCCUCUGCUGCUCCCUCACGGUCGCUAUUUCCAUUCGCCGGAGGGCAGGCGAGAGAGCAGCGAGUGCAAGAUCUCUGUCCUGUUCGUGAGUUUUCCAGCUAAUGGCCUCUACUCUUUCUUUUACUGAGCUCUUUUGGCCUCCUGUUUGCAAGUUUCUUUUCUCAGUGCUGUGGCUAAGGAGGGGGCCAGCCGCCAGUCUGUGAGACACAAAGAGCAACGAGCCCUUUUGGGAUUUUUUUUUGGGCGCAGAAACGUUCAGCAGCAUUUUACCAUGUCACUCUGAAGCGUGCUGCUGUGGGACCAGCUGGUGCUCAAGAGGAGGAGGAGGAACAGCAGCUCUGGUUUCAGACCUCUGCAGCACCCUUUGUGUAUGACAAUUCAUUUUGAGCGCAGGACAGCCGGGGAGGGUGGAGAGUGGGGAAGGAUGAGUGCAAGCAGCCUCUCUUGGGACCAGGCUCUUCUCCAGCCUCCGGUGUGUGAUGCCUGGAAGGACAUUUUGGAGGGGGCAGCCUAUCAUCUGGCCAGCUGCAUUGUCCUCCUGGGUUACAUGGGGGGAAGUGGCAUCUUUGGGUCCCUCUAUAUCUUUGGCCUCCUGGCCCCAGGUUACUUCUGCUAUGCUCUGUGGGGCUGGCUGGGCGCCUGCGGGCUGGAUAUCUUCAUCUGGAACAUGCUGCUCGUCCUCGCCUGCUUGCUUCAGCUGGCUCACCUGGCUUACCGGCUCCGCAGAGACACCAUCCCUGAAGAGUUUAACCUCCUCUACAAGACCAUGUACCUGCCCUUGCAGGUGCCCCUGGAAGUCUACAAAGAAAUUGUAAAGUGCUGUGAAGAGCAAGUCCAGUCGCUCGUCAGAGACCAGAAUUACGCGGUGGAGGGCAAGACGCCCAUUGACCGCCUCUCGUUGCUGCUGUCUGGCAGGGUCCGAGUGAGCCAGGACGGACAAUUCCUUCACUACGUCUUUCCGUACCAGUUCCUGGACUCUCCAGAAUGGGAGUCGCUGCGACCCUCUGAGGAAGGAACUUUCCAGGUCACGCUGACGGCUGAGACUGACUGCAGCUUCAUCACCUGGCCGAGGAAGAAGCUGUAUCUCCUCCUGAGGAAGGACCGCUACAUUGCCCGGCUCUUCUCCUCCCACCUGGGCUACGACAUCUCGGAGAAGCUCUACUCCCUCAAUGAGAAGCUCUUUGCCAAGUUUGGCCUCCACUUUGACAUCCGCUUGCCCAGCCUGUACCAUGUCCUCGGGCCAGCCUCCUCCGAGGGGGAAUCGGAGGACUGCGAGGAGUCAUCGCCUGCCUCUGGCCAGGCUGAUGGCUCUGAGCCCCCUCCGCAGCCACCGCUGCCGCGACCGGCUCCUCGGCCCCGUCCAUCCCGGCCUGACAGUGACCUGCUGGGUGAGGAUUCCACCAGUCUUGUCUUGGAAGAUUUUGCUGAGUUGCCGGGGUCUUUUAUGGACUAUGUGAGCGAAGGGGAGUAUAUGAAAUGAGGGCACUCCCGGCAUGGGCACGCCUCACCCUGUGUGGGACCCCCGCCAUCUGGAAACCUCCUCCGGAGUUCUCCUCACCCUCUCUGCAAAGGACGAGCCCCUCUGGCUCCCACUCAGACGCCCGAACUCUAGGGAACAACAAGCUGUUUUGAUCCCGAAGCCUCUCCAAAGGACCGUAUGCUCACACAGGUUUCUGACCAGAGAGACACCUUUAGCACGCACAGAGACGUCUGCCUGCAGACAUGUACACUCAGGAGCACAUGAAUUACACGCAUGAGACUGCAGUGUGACACUCCAGCACCUCCCACCCCAUGGUUGUUCACCAGAGCUGCCUGCCCCAGUGUGCUUCCACAGUUUGUUUUCAAGUCCUGCAUCUCUGAGGUGUGUCGGCAGCUCUGAUACCAAGGUACACCGGUACCGCUGCAAGCGGUACCAGCCUGCUCACAGAAUCUGUGUUCCCUUUGAUUUAAUGAUUCUCAUUAAAGUCAGAGAUGAAA